GCUUCCGCGAGCUCAGCGUUCAGUUGAGCAACUAAUGUGAGUGUUGAAGUAUCCCACCGAGCCUAGAAAUAAGAAGAACACUUUCCCAAAUGGAUCCCCGUGGAAUUAAGCUCUUGGUGUUUUCUUAUGUAUUUAUUAGCUUUAUAUUUAUUACACUGCAAACUAAAGAAGAGGUGCUGUUGGAUAUGAGGGCAUCAGGGAGUGAGCUAGGCUGGCUGACCGGGCCAUAUGAACAAGGAGAAAAGCAAGGGUGGGAGGUGGUCCAGAGGAGUCUCAACGGCUCACAGUUCUAUACCUACUCGGUGUGUAACGUGGGCGAGCGUGAGCAGAACAACUGGCUGCGCACCACCUUUAUCCAGCGCCGCCCGUCAGCCUCUCGAGUUUUCGUGGAGCUGCAGUUCAUCGUGCGUGACUGCAACUCGUUCGACGGCUCAUCGCUUACCUGCAAGGAGACCUUCAACCUGUUCUCCUCCGAGUCGGACGCUGAUAUCGGCACCAACUUCCGCAAGGGCCAGUUCAAGAAGGUGGCAACCAUCGCACCUGACGAGAUCACCAGCCGCAAUGAGCUGCACAUCAACACAGAGACGCGGGUGGUGGAGAGCCUCACCAGGAAAGGCUUCUACCUUGCCUUCCAAGACAUCGGGGCAUGUGUGGCGCUGCUCUCUGUCAAGGUCUACUACAAGACCUGCCCGGCCACUGUCAAAAGCCUGGCAGCCUUCCCCGAAACAGUGGCAGGGGGGGGGGAGAACCAGGCCCUGAGGGAGGUGGCGGGGGCCUGCGUAGAGAAUGCGGUGAGCGAGGAGACGCCCCGCAUCUACUGCACGGUGGAUGGAGAGUGGGUGGUGCCCGUCGGACAGUGCCAAUGCAGGCCCGGCUACGAGGCCGUCAACGGCACAUGCCGAGAGUGUCAGCCAGGCUUCUUCAAAGCCUUCGUGCCCAGCGACGCGUGCAAACUGUGUCCUGCUAACACCCAGCUGCUGGGCUCUGGGGCGCUGCUCUGCCCAUGUGCAGAAGGCUUCUACCGCGCUCCCGACGACCUGGCAACAGGGCCCUGCUCAGGCCUGCCCUCAGCGCCGCAAGAACUGGUCGCCACGACCACCCAGCUGGCCGCGGGCAAGCUGCAUCUGUCAUGGAGCCCACCGGAGGACACGGGCGGCCGCAGUGACAUCACCUACAGUGUGGAGUGCAGAUGCUGUGACGGCGCCGCGUGCCAGCCAUGCGGGGAGAAGGUGCGCUUCGAGCCAGCCAGCUUGGGCCUGAUGCACACCUGGGUGGCGGUGAGCGAGCUGGAGCCCCACCUCAACUACACUUUCACCGUGGAGGCCCACAGCGGAGUGUCGCUGUUCGCCAGCCAGGGGGCACCGCGCUCCAACAGGCCCCUGUCCACAAGCACAUUGACCACUGCCCUGCACUACACAGACCCCCCCAAGGUGACGUCCGUGCGUCUGGUCGAGCGAAGCCCCACCAGCCUUUCCCUGUCCUGGGCUGUAGCCCCCCGCAGGCCCCUGCCCUGGCCCACUCGCUACGAACUCAGCUACCGCAAGAAGGAUGACAAUCUGGAUGUGACCACGUACACUGUUCUGAUUCUGGAGAAGAGCUCUGUGCAGAUCAGUGAAUUGUCCCCAGCCACAGCCUACCUAUUCAGGGUCAAGGCCCUGAGCCCCGAGGGCAGCCCUGGAGGAUCCAUGGAGGAUGAAUUUGAGACCCUGCCUGAUAUGCCCCAGAGCAACACGGCGGUCAUCUUCGGAGCGGCAGUAGGCGGAGCGGCCAUGUUGUUCAUUGUGGUGGUCGUCCUGCUCGUACGCAAACGGAGAAGGAACUCCCAUACAAGACAAGAACCAGAAGAUACUUACUUCUCUAGCUCAGAGCAACUGAAGCCGCUGAAGACUUAUGUGGAUCCACACACGUACGAGGACCCCAACACAGCCAUCCUCAAGUUUGCCAGUGAAAUCCAUCCCAGCCACGUGACCAAGCAGAAAGUCAUUGGAGCUGGGGAAUUUGGAGAGGUGUUUCGCGGUAUUUUGAAAGCGCCAGGGCGGAAGGAGGUGGCGGUGGCCAUUAAGACGCUGAAGCCGGGGUACUCGGAGAAGCAGAGGCAGGACUUCCUUUCAGAGGCAAGCAUCAUGGGACAGUUCUCCCACCAGAACAUUAUUCGCCUGGAGGGAGUCGUCACCAAAUGUAAGAAGGCUCUGUUAGUCUACUGGGCGCUACCUGUACCUAUAACAGUAUACUCCUGUCAAACAUUCACUUACCUGGUCUAUAUAUUAAUUUCAUAUGCAUACAUUUCCUACCUGUUUUGGGCAGUAGUUAACAUUUAUUUAUUCCCUUUUUUGAUUCCAGUCAAGCAUGCCAUGAUUGUGACUGAGUAUAUGGAGAACGGAGCACUGGACAAGUACCUAAAGGAUCACGAUGGUGAGUUGCCCUCCUUCCAGCUGGUGGGCAUGAUGCGUGGCAUCGCCACAGGCAUGAAGUAUCUUUCUGACAUGAGCUACGUUCACCGUGAUCUGGCUGCCCGCAACAUCCUGGUCAACAACAACCUGGAGUGUAAGGUGUCUGACUUCGGCCUGUCCCGAGUGCUGGAGGACGACCCUGAGGGCACCUACACCACCAGUGGUGGUAAGAUCCCCAUCCGCUGGACAGCCCCAGAGGCCAUUGCCUACAGGAAGUUCACCUCGGCCAGCGACGUGUGGAGCUUCGGCAUUGUCAUGUGGGAGGUCAUGGCCUUUGGCGAGCGGCCCUAUUGGGACAUGAGCAACUGCGAGGUAAUGAAGGCCAUCAACGAGGCGUUCAGGCUGCCGGCGCCCAUGGACUGCCCAUCAACCGUCUACCAGCUCAUGUUGCAGUGCUGGCUGCAGGAACGCUCGAAGAGGCCCCGUUUCCCGGACAUUGUCAGCCUGCUGGACAAGUUGCUCAGGAGCCCUGAGUCCCUGAAGGCAAUCGCAGAUUUCGACCCCCGCGUAUCCAUCCGCCUGCCCAGCACCAGUGGUUCGGACGGCUCACCCUUCAGGUCGGUGUCCGAGUGGCUGGAGUCCAUCAAGAUGAGCCAGUACAGCGAUAACUUCACCUGUGCCGGAGUGUUCACCAUGGACCAGGUGCUGCAGAUGAAGAACGAGGAUAUCAAGAACAUUGGCGUAAGACUGCCCGGCCACCUGAAGAGAAUUGCAUAUAGCAUCCUGGGCUUGAAAGACCAGACCAGCACCCUGAGUGUAUUUGCAGUGUGACUCAAUACUAGUGGUACAUGAAUUUGAAUCGGCACUAAAGCGGGCAACACUCUGACUGAAUUUUGAACUCUGUGUUGGACUGGACUGGAGCGGAGCUGCGGGAACGGCUUUGGACAGGCAGAACCAAACUGAACACGUCGUAGGAACAUGGUCCAGCCAAAAGAGACUGACAUAUUGUACAUUUUUGGAGAUUUGUAACAGACUUGUUAAGUGAUUGCUAAUAUUUUUGAAUUUAUACAGCAAUAGAUGUAUUAAUUAGACUGUGUAUAUUAUACUGUAUAUAGUUUUUAUUAUCCAUCUCCAUUGUACAGAUACAGUUCAUUGCUCAAUCUUUGUUUUAUAUAUUUUUGGGAUGCAUGCUUCCAUCUCUAGCACCCAAUAUUGAGAAGAGAAAAUGAAAAUAAGUGACACAACCACUUAUACUUAGUUCAACCAAUAUGAAUCUUUGUGUGACGUGGACUGCUGUGUCCUUUUCGGAAUGAGUCUGGUGUUGCCAAUGCCAUUGCAAUUCACUGAGUGAAAUGCAUUCUGGUCGGCGUAAUCUCUUGCUAAACUAAUGAAAAUGCACUCGAAGCAGAGAGUGGACCUGAAAGGGUCUGGCCAUAGGUUAACAUGGGGCACUGGUGUAUGCCAGUCUUGAGGUUAUUGUCUUAAAGUCCAGGUUGAGCUGUUGUUGGCUACUGUUAUGCCUUAUGUGGGCUUGAUUCAGAUGUUAAGCUAUCAUAUGAAUUUGAGUUUAUAUAAAAACAGUGUGAAAAGA